UAUCACGACACAUGAUGUGAGCACCCAUACAUAAGCCACCCUCACCUUGAACUUCCUCUACUUCAAUUUUACCACCCCUUGUUUACACUCUCUUUCACCUCCCAACAUAAUGGUGCGCACAGCUACUCUCGCUGCCGCUACGGCCUCAUUGCUUCUCUCUAACACUGUCCACGCCGAGGGAUUGUACACCAAGAACUCGGCCGUGCUCCAAAUCACUGGGCUGGACUAUGACAGAGUGAUUGCAAAAUCAAACUACACCUCAAUUGUCGAAUUCUAUGCACCAUGGUGCGGCCAUUGUCGAAACCUCAAGCCAGCGUUCGAAUCCGCUGCCAAAUCCCUCGCCGGUAUCGCUAAAGUCGCGGCUAUAAAUUGCGACGAUGAAAUGAACAAGCCGUUCUGCGGUCAAAUGGGUGUACAAGGCUUCCCGACCCUAAAGAUUGUUCGCCCCGGCAAGAAACCAGGCAAGCCUUCGGUCGAGGACUACCAAGGUCAGCGCACAGCGAAGGCCAUCGUAGACACUGUCAAGGACAAGAUUCCCAAUACUGUCAAGCGGAUCACGGACAAGAACUUGAACGAGUGGCUAGCAGAGGACAAUGAGACCGCAAAGGCUAUCUUGUUCAGUGACAAGGGCCUAACCAGCGCAACUUUGAGGACGUUGGCCAUUGAUUUCGCAGGACUGAUUCCCAUCGCUCAGAUUCGGAACAAGGAAACGGAAGCUAUGAAGAUGUUUGGUGUGCAGAAGGUCCCGACCCUGAUUCUUCUUCCCGGUGGUGCAAAAGAUGCGAUCACUUAUGACGGUGAAAUGAAGAAGGAAGGCAUGGUAGAAUUCCUCUCGCAAAUUACACCUCCGAAUCCAGACUGUCCUCCGGAGAAGGUCAAGAAGCCCAAAUCGAAGUCAAAAAAGGACGAGAAGAAGGCCUCAGCCUCACAGAAGUCUGCAGAUGCAUCCUCCACAGCCGCAUCAACCAAGGGUGAGACAGUCGAGGAAGCGGUCAAGCCGGUGGUGUCUCCAGAUCCAGAAAUCAAUGAUGAUGAGGCACCCAAGCCUGUUAUCAUCCCAGAGGAAGAGACGAAGCCAAAAAUUCCCCUCGUUGCCGAAUUAGCAGAGCUUCAAUUGUCAUGCUUGAAUGCAAAGAGCAAAACUUGCAUCCUCGCGAUCCUACCUAAGGAUGAAUCAUCCGAGGCUGCAGCAUCCGCUCUGUCCUCGCUCGCUUCAAUCCACAAGAAGCAUGAUGCCCGGGCUGGCCACCUCUUCCCCUUCGUCGGUGUUCCGGCAUCAAAUCCGCUGGCUUCAUCGCUGGUUGCGGAACUGAAGCUUGGAAAUGAGGAUGAGGUCCACCUCAUCGCUACAAAUGGAAAGCGAUCGUGGUGGAAGAAGUACUCUGGACAAGGAUUUGGCUCCUUAGAAGUUGAGCAGUGGGUCGACGCCAUUCGAAUGGGAGAAGGCAAGAAGGAGAGGCUUCCUGACUCAUUGUUGGCAGAAGAAGCAAAAGUGGAAGUCAAGGAAGAGAAAGUAGCGGACCAAGAACCCUUUAAAAUCGAGAUCGAGGAGAUUCUAGAUGAUGAGGAGACGAAGGAGCCAGAGACACAUCAUGAGCAUGGAGAGCUCUAAUUAAUGGAUCAACGCGUUCAAGAUGAGGAUGAAAAGACUUGGGCUUUGUUCUUGGCCACAUCCAAAAUCAAGUGUAUAACAUCACGCUCACCAAAACAAUUUCUAGCAUGUGCAACAAUACCAUGGGAUAGCAGAGGCAUGUGAUUGAGGCAUUAGUUACAUAAUCUCCGGAUUGGGUUUCUCCGAGCUCCGAUCGCAGUUGCACCCCUGAUUUUGCAACGUGAGCCUUUCACACACCGAUACUAAAUGCACCCAUCUCCGAAUUAGAGAAUCAUUUCUUAACUGCAUUACGUCUAACCUUGAUGCAUUGCUUGGUGGAACAAGGAUUCGCGAUGGGUGUGAUCCCCCUUCAUCACUUAGUGUGCGGCACAGCAGCGUCUCGUAACCGCUUCCUCCUCCCCGUCG